CGUCGUUCACAGAUAUGUGGAAGGGCAUUCGUGGAAAUAAAGUCGGAAUCAUGAAUUUGCGUGUGAUCACUUUUGCAAUCUUUGUGGUGCUUUUGUUCGCGAGUGAGCCAGCAUCAGCUAAGCUUCAUCGUGUUCCGUUGCACAAGAUGGAAACUGCUCGAAACCUGUAUCGCGAAGCUGGAACUACGCUCCAGAUGCUGCGUCGUCGAUAUUCUUCAGCGAAAGUGGCCGGACCUACACCUGAACCACUCUCUAAUUAUCUUGACGCCCAAUAUUAUGGACCCAUUUCAAUUGGAAAUCCUCCGCAAACUUUCAAAGUGAUCUUUGAUACAGGAUCCUCUAAUUUGUGGGUUCCGUCGAAGAAGUGUCACUUGACUGAUAUUGCGUGCUGUACGUAUUGCCGUCGGUUCUCGAAUUUAUGGAUAUCCUUGGGUAUUAAUAUAUCUGGAACAAUUUCAGUGUUGCACCAUAAGUACGAUAGUGCGAAAUCCAAAUCUUACGAAAAGAACGGAACCGAUUUCAAGAUUCAGUAUGGCUCUGGGAGUUUGACAGGAUUUCUGUCUACUGACACCGUUUAUGGUGCUUCGUUGCUUGGUGAGAUCAUGCCAAUUCGUCGGUUUCAGAUCGGAGAUUUGGGUGUAAAGCAUCAGACUUUUGCCGAAGCCACCAGUCAGCCAGGUUUGACGUUCGUAGCCGCAAAAUUCGAUGGCAUACUUGGUAUGGGUUACGACAGGAUUUCCGUUGAUGGGGUGCCACCUGUUUUUUACAACAUGGUGGGUCAAGGUUUAGUGCCGGAUCCGAUUUUCUCAUUCUACCUCAACCGUGAUCCCGCUGCAGGCGUUGGUGGCGAACUGAUCCUCGGCGGCUCAGACCCGAAUUACUACAAAGGAAAUUUCACUUACGUCCCAGUUACUCGUCAAGCUUACUGGCAAUUUCAAAUGGAUGGGAUGAAUGUUGGUGAUCUGACGCUUUGCUCUGGGGGUUGCCAAGCAAUCGCUGAUACUGGAACCUCUUUGAUUGCCGGCCCUGCCAAGGAAAUAAACUCUUUGAAUUUGAAACUCGGUGCGAAGCCGAUUCCUGGCGGUGAAUGGUACAUCGACUGCAACUCGAUUCCCCACUUGCCAACCAUCGACUUGAUUUUUGGCGGCAGGAAUUUCUCUUUGACUGGAAUGGACUACGUCAUGAGGAUAACCCAAAUGGGAAAAACGAUCUGCUUGUCUGGUUUCAUGGGACUGGAUAUCCCACCGCCAUUGGGACCGAUUUGGAUCCUAGGUGACGUCUUCAUUGGAAGAUACUACACUGAAGCAAUUAUGCAAGGUACUGUGAGAAGUGAGUCGCACAAAUGCAAUCGACUCGGUGUUAGUAAAAAAGAUAAGGUUGCUAGUCCAGUGAGGAACUUGAUCCGAACGGGUUUGAAAGAGUAUCGCGCAACUAUCCGGCAUUACAAGUCUCAAGUGAAGCUGAAUUCUGAAAUAUCUCAGUUUGAUGAUGAAUUGAUAAACGAAGAAUCGCAGCUGCGGAGAUCGUUUUCGGAUGCGGACAUCAAAGGACCUUCUUCGAAUCAAGACCUCCAACUGCAUCUGAAAGUUCAUUCGCUCGUUCGAGAUUCCCUGGAACGCGAAAAUGCGUCUCUCUUCAAGGCGAACAUCAACUUGUCGGGAGAGAUUGAAAAGCACCGAGGCAUUUGCGAAGACUUGCGUUUCAAACUCGAACUCGCCAAAAAUGGCGGAGACGUCCUUCAGAUUGAAAAUCGGAGCUGUAGUCCAGCAGAACGCAACCGAUUCUGCCCCAUCUACGAAGACACUCCUCUGGACCUCAUGGACAAGAUUGCGUGGUGGACAGAGAAGGAGGACGACGCCACGACGAAACGCGACAGUGGGUGUCAGAUGUCGGAACGCAGCGUUGCUACUUUUGCGUUUGGCAGGAAGUUGUCCGACGUUGAGCCGGCUGUUGUCAGGGACUGUGCCACUGGCACAGACACGCUGUUGGACGAGAGUUUUGUUAGACAAGUUGCGAGUCAGGUUGUGGAGCAGAUGAAGAGGGACAUGGCCGUGAUUGAAGUCACUCCGGAAAGGAGCACUGGAGAGGUGGAGAAGAAGGUGUUGGUGACUGGUGCUCCGAGUAAACGAAACUCGAUUGAAAAAUGUCCGACGGUUCCGUGCUCGGAUUCGCCCCGUAAACGCUUGUCGUUCACCUCGUCAACCGAUUUGCAGCUGAAAGCUUACGUUCAAAACUGCAACAGAAUCGCAUCGGAGCUCAACAAGGAAUCUCGGCAACUUCUCGCCGAAUUGAAACGGAAGCGCAAAACGCAAUGAGCAUUUUUGUUUGACCAAAUUUGCUGUACCUGAUCUCUUUGGAUCACGCGAGAGAAUCCGGUGUAACAUUCUAACGUCUCUCUGAAAAUCGAACUAGUUUUCCAAGCGAAUCGCACAAGUGAAUUUCGGAUAGCUCACGAAUUUUAAUUUGAAAGAGAAAAGCCCAGUCCUGUGAUAUCUAAAAGAACGUUUUGAAAUGAUUCCACCAUAAUGCGUACUUCUGAGCACAACCACGCGAUUCAAGUUUGAUUUUUAAAGCUCUCAAUGGCGGAUUUUGUUCAAAUAUGUUGAACCGAUGAUCCGAGGCUGUUGGGAUGUUUUUCCCAUUAUUGUGUAACUACCUGUACUCAGAAAAAAGAAUAAUAUCGACGAUUACUUUAAAUUUCAGUAUUUCAUGAGGGAUGGUUCAGAUUUUCGUAAUUAUAGUGAGAUUAAGCUCCUAAGUUUAACAACGUGAACUGGGAACAACGUAAAAUGUAGCAACCUUAUUCUGACCGCGGUUUGUUUGCAAAAAGAAUUUUCUCAUAUGAGUUAAAGCGAUUUGUUGCUACUGACAAUCUUUGGCAACCUCUACAUUACGCAUUGCGAGUAUCAAAAGAAAAGUCACAUUGAAGCAUAGUUUUUACAUCCGCGACAAUUUCACUUGGAUUUUUAAAUAAUUUCAAUUGGUGAGUAGAACCUAGAACUUGCCAGCAUUGUGAGAAGGUACAUUUCAUGUUCUUUGUUGUGGAAUGCAUCUUUCAACUUUUUUUUUUUUUAAUUCAGCUUGUUUGAGCUAAAAUUGAAAAACUGGCCUGGGAAGGAUGAAAUAUUAAUUUUAAAAAUUCAUAGUAUCCAGAAAUGACAAAAACCCGCAGGGAGUGAACCUACGCUCUUAUUCUCCUGAAUUAUUCAAUAGAAUAUUUGUAAUAUUCAAGAACAUAAAUAAUCAGUGGUUGAAUUGAAUUCGCGGUACUGUAAUUGCAGUUCACUAUUUUGUGUCGUAAUCCUGAGGACAGGUUUUACAUGUGGCCCAAGGUCUCUGUCUUCCAAGUCAACGUUUUUAGGUUUCUUUUCUCUACGGAUCUCGGUACUCAAGAUCUCGCCACUUGAUGACGUGUUCAUUUUUUUUCGGUAACUUGCGUUUUAAGAUUGAACCAGUUUCGGUUGUGGUGUAAGUUUGGCGGAUUUGAGAGUCUUAUGUUCGUUGCGAUCCGGGUCAACGCGUCUGAGCUCUGUGUCGAAAGACAAAGAGCAUCGUGGUUGUAAGUAAGAGUUGAUGAAAUGAGAGAAAUGUGGCUCAGAUGUCGAUGAAUCUUAGAGUUGUAUCGGGUUCUUUAUCUUGGAUAAGUUUGGGGAGUUCGAAACUCAUUCCCGUUUUCAUGCCAUUUUGUUUUCCUUCCAAUUGCAUUCUGCGAGAUUCGCAUAGAUUAUGUUGAGAAUGGCAGAAAAUCUGCCAUAUGUCGCUGCAUUUUAAGAAAGAGCUGGGAAUUCGGUGUGAUUGGCGGCGUUGAAAAAAAUUUCAUAUUUUUUUCCCGUGUGCCGCGCAGAAAAAAAGCGAUGCUAGUCAUGCACUGGGUGUUCAAUCAUCCUGGGGAUUAAUGAGGUCCCUGAGGUAUUUGCAGCUUGCCAAUUUUUCAAUGCAGAAUUUAGCUUGGAGAGACCAGCGAAAUAUCGUGAAUAACCCUCCCAUUCAAACCGUGUGGAAUUUUACAAAUGCUAGAAUUAAAUUUUUUUUUCUUGUGUUCGAAGUGUAUUUCAUCAACCGUCAGUCAUUUGAAAUUGACAUUCCGAGGACUGAUUUUUGCGAAUAAAUUUAGGCGAGAUAAAGUUUCGUUCAAGUGCGAGGAAGAGUUUUGCUCCCUAAGGUUUGAACAUCGACGAUGCAUCAAGAAUACUGACUUUAGUUCACUUGUAAUUUUUAGAAUCCCUCGAUAAUUUGCCCAUCUUCGAAAUUUUAUGUAUGGUUUUUAUCUGUAUAGUGAUAUUGUCGAUUGAUUUUCUGGUCAGGUAUUUUUGAUUAUUGGCAAGCUGAGAAUAACCACAGGUACGCUGAAGGAAAUUCGGAAAAAACGAGGUAUUAACGCGUGAUGUUUUUUUUUUUGCGUUUCGAUUUUUGUGCUGACCCAUACAGAGGCAUUAUAUAUUGUGUGAGGAUUGUAGUGAACCGCGGAAGAAGAAGAAAACAACAAACUUGGACUUGAACACGUACGAAGUCUCGCUAUUAUAUUUUUUCAGCAGUUAUCUGGAUCUUUUGAUGAAUUUUUCUCGAGCUGAGACAGCAUUUUUAAUUGCCUGGAUUCCCGUUGUAAUGGUGGAUUAUGAUGCCUAUGGAGCGUUUCUCGGCCGCGGUGUGUUUCGGUUCGUUGUUCUUUUCCCCCUUGCGGGACAUUUUGGGAUUGCGGCGCGUUCAUGGCUUCUUGGGCCGAGGGGGGGUCGUGAACCCGUGUGCGGAAAAUGAGGGCGAUUCGGGUUCCGGUUCGGUGCGGACAUAUUUUGGCCGUGUUUGAUGACUAUUAUGGAGUGUGCACUUUUUUGUGACCAUCAUCCUGGUCAGGGUUGUUGAUUUUGACCCAAUAAUCGCAAGCAAAAUUGCCGUUAAGCAAAAAUUUCUAACAUGUAGCAGUUUUGAUAUGGAAGUCAGAAAAAUAAUAGCGAUGAAUUUGUGAUUGUGAUCAACAACCCUGAUCAUGAUUACAUAACACAUGUUAGAAGUUCACAUGCAGACAUAUUUUGGCCAUGUUUGAUGACUACAGUAUUAUGGGGUGUGUAAACCUUUUUGUAACCAUCAUUGUGACCAGGGUGGUUAAUUUUUUGCUGAAAUUGAAGCCCAAUAUGAAUGCAAGCAAAAUUGCCAUAGGGCAAGAAUUUUUAACAUGUAGCAGUGAUAACAAUUUUGAUUGAGGGAGAAAGUUUUCAGACAAGUUAUGGAGAUGCAUUUUUUUAUUGUGAUUUAACAACCCUGAUCAUGAUAACCUGACAGUUGGUUUCAUAAGACUGCUGAACAGCUCUAAGAUAAGACACCUGAUGUGUCUGAAGACCAUGCUGAUCAUGCCAGUCACUUUGCCCACAAAACUUAUGGAUGAG